AUGAAGAAAAAGGUGCUCCUAAUGGGGAAGAGCGGCUCAGGCAAGACCAGCAUGCGAUCGAUCAUUUUCGCCAACUACAUCGCCAGGGACACUCGAAGACUGGGAGCCACAAUCGAUGUCGAGCAUUCUCAUGUACGCUUCCUGGGAAAUCUUGUGCUUAACUUAUGGGACUGCGGUGGACAGGAGUCGUUCAUGGAGCAGUACUUCGCAUCGCAGAAGGAUAACAUUUUUCGCAAUGUAGAAGUUUUAAUAUACGUGUUUGACGUUGAAAGUCGCGAGUUGGACAAGGACAUGCAUUACUAUCAGUCCUGCCUGGAGGCGCUGCUUAUGAAUUCACCGGAGGCGAAAAUUUUUUGCCUCGUCCAUAAAAUGGAUCUUGUAGCCGAAGAGCAGCGUGACAUAAUCUUCAAAGAGCGCGAAGAAGAUCUUAAGCGCUGCUCAAGGCCGCUAGAGUGCACGGCAUUCCGGACAAGCAUCUGGGAUGAAACUCUGUACCGGGCUUGGAGCAGCAUCGUGUACCAGCUGAUACCGAAUGUAAAGGCACUCGAACAUUCGCUGAAUUAUUUUGCGAACGUCGUGGACGCAGACGAAGUGUUGCUAUUUGAGCGGGCCACAUUCCUGGUGAUCUCGCACUGCCAGCGAAAGCAACAUCGAGACAGCCAUCGCUUUGAGAAGGUAUCGAACAUAAUCAAACAGUUCAAGCUGUCCUGCUCGAAGCUUGGUGCCAAAUUCUCGUCGAUGGAGGUACGCAACAGUGUGUUCGCCGCCUUCAUAGAUACGUUUACUAGCAACACAUACGUGAUGGUCGUGAUGUCCGAUCCGUCUAUACCAUCCGAGGCGACGUUGAUCAAUAUUCGGAACGCGCGCAAGUACUUUGAGGAGUUGGAAAACCCAAACAGCACCAUGAACACCAGCAGCGCAGGCGGAAACCGUGCCAACAGUCAUCAUAUGCAUCACACAGCCGUUAACCAUGGGGGACAUGGCUUGGUUAAUGGUGCAACGCAUCCUAACUACUACGCCGGAAGUGGAGCCGGUUACCACCAGUACGUUGGACAACCGCAGCAACAGCAAGCACAUCAUCUAACGCAAUAUCAGUCUUAUCAUCAUAACACAACAACGAACGCUUAUCACUGAUACCUGUACCGGAAGAAGUACUACUACUUCCGGUAAGCAAAUAUAUAAGAAUACAUGGACGUGAUCUUCCAGUAGCCUGUAGCCGGAUACGACACCAACAUUUCCCUGCGCUUCGUCAUGGAAGCAUAAUCAAGCUAUCCUAGUGAUCUGGGUCGUCCUCAAAUAGCCAAUUGGAAGAGCAAAAUCCGUAACUAAGUCAGACUUUGAUGAAUUCUCCAUUCGCGAUAUCGGUAGGAGCUUGGUGGUUUGUUUUGUUUUGUUUAUUUCCCAACCAAUCUUCAUAUUAUGGGCCGAACGGUCGUUUGGCAGAGCGGUUCAUUCUUGUUAUAAAGUGAUGUGUUCCUGAAACUCUUCUUGUUGAAAUAUCAUUCUGUAGGUGGGUGAUUUUUUAUACUAUUUUAUAAUGAUUAUGAGUGAUUCAAUAAUUGUACAUAGGCGCACUGAAUGCUCCCGCUCAUUCCCGCCAUAUAGCUUUCACAUAUUUUGUAGCGCUUAGAUCAUAUUUGCACGUUGCAAGCUCUAAUACUAUGAAGCCUUCCGUUUCUUUAAAAAGUUCUUUGGGGAAAUAAAAAUGGCAGUAGUCACAGCUAAUAUAUAUGAUCCACGUUUUCCGGAAUUAAAUCCGGAUUCCUGAGAAAUGUGAAUAAUGGACCAACGGCUUUCUCCAGUUUUUUUCAUCACGAUUUACAACAGUCGGUGGAACAAAAUACAUACCUAAGCUGUGACUAGGGAACGAAAAAUACAGAAAACUUACCGAAUAAAAGGAUAAAUUUGAGAAUGGA